AUGGCCGAUAAUCCAGACCAUCCGCACAGCGAUAACGCCGCGUAUCGAGUAAGUAACAAGCCCGAGCGAAAGCACAAGAGGAUGCAAGGUAUGGAAACAAUUCAGGCAGCCAUUAAGGAGCAAUACGUGAAUCGCCAGGCGCAGCAAUCGAUCGGAAACAGCAGUAGCAGCAAAGUACCAACUGCCUUUGUGUAUAGGACUCAAUCCACUCAACCAGCUUCGAUAGACAAAUCAGACUUUCAACAAUAUUCAGUCAACUACAGCAUACCGUAUGCAUUUUACAAUCCAACCACAUACCCCGUGCAGCCACACGGCUUUGGCAUGCUGCAACCCCCACAGCAACAAGCGGACCGCCACGUGCAGCUUGCACACGUGGACCACGCUUCUGCAAAUUCCCACGUGGCUUUCGACAGGGCGAAGAGUCAAAACACCACAUCUCAGCAUUAUUAUCACAAGGAGAACACUAAUACGCUCAGAUUUUGGCGCUUACAUCCAGCGGAACAUGACACGCCAGCUCCACAUUUGGACGAGCGAGCAGCAAAAGAGCAAGUCGAAAGCAUCAAAAGAGCACACUAUCGCUUAGAAGCUGUCGUUAAGUCUGAUGGACCACCAUCACCGUUGCAUGAGACGACGCUAUCGUCUAAACCUUCUCUUCAUGUUUCUGCCACAGGCAGCUCCGGUGGAGUGCUUCUCAAGCCGAAAGUGAGGGCGAGCACAUCGAUUACGAAGGCGAAGUCAGCUGCAGACGUUGUUUUAUCACAACCAGGUAUUACUAUCGCGUCACAAUUCAACAAUGUAGAUGGUGUGAACAAAUCAGAGAACAAGCCUCCAAAAACAUUGACUCUUUCCGCAUCAGGAGGUCAAUGCUGUACUUCGCACAAGUCACCGACAGAAGCGACACUGGUUCCUAUUGAUAUAAAGACCUGCGAAGAGAUAGUCGAAGACUUCCACAAAGCACACUCCGAAAUCUCGGGUGCCAUCGCUCCGGAGGCACAUGAGGACUUGACAUCAGAUGCGCUCGCAGGGAGUACAGAAAGACUCAGAAUUACGGUUAAUGCUCUCAAUGUGGCGCACACCGAUCAGGGUAUUUCCACAUCCACAAUCUAUCAAAAGCGCAACGGGCUGAAUCCGUCGCGCUUCAGAAAACGUAAACACGUUUCCGCAUCUCCCGGCCGAAAAAGCACCACAACCCAUCAUCAAGUCGCAAAUAGGCAGGAAGCCGCAGACAUCCAAGACUUAUUAAAGGAUAAACGUCAACCUCAAGAUGUCAGGGACCUUUUAAGGCUCAUCGCCUUCGAAACACAAUGCUUCAAUGUCCAUCCUCAGCGGCAGAUCGAGCUCGAAACCGUCAAUCGCAAUGUUGCAAGAGAGAACAUCGCUCGUGGCUUGCGUAUUGCUCGACUGAGGAGAGAACUUCACAGGCGAUCUGAACGAGGCACAGCGAAGCCGACAAUGUCGCCACCUAAAUUGAGAUCCAGUCUUUUAAGAGCAAAAAGGGAAGGCUCUCCAAUUUCUCACUGCGUCGUCGAGAGGAAAGCAAGGAAGUUGGAACAGGGAGACAAGCCAGGGACGGGCGACCACGACGACGGAAGAGAUAUGAAAGUGUCUGAGAAUUAUGUGCCCGUAUCUCAGGAGAAAAAGCCAGAGACGGACUAUGCCGAGGGGGAUUUGGCGACUGAAGACAUUGAGAUGGCAGACCGAGAUGUUUCAAUCUCGUCCGCCUCGGAGCGGCAUCAGCGGUCACAGAGUCAAGAGGCCAUGUUGACAUCCGCGCACCGAGAAAGCCACGACGGGACUCUGGAUGCUGAAGAAGAUGACCAAGUCAUCGAGGCCACCUUACAGUUGCUGCUUGACACGCCAAAACUGCAGAAAGUCAUGUACGUUCCAAAGCAGACGGUGUGGCUGACGCGGCGAGUUGAGAGACUUGGCUUCAGAAGCUUCGAGCGUCCAGAACGUGGAGUCGACGCUUGGCAGCUUGACAGAGCUGAGGAGCGGGAUGGGUGA